AUGGCUCUUGCAGAUCCCUGUCAGCCGUAUCAGCUUCGUGCACACAUACGUUCUACUACAACUCCAGCUGGCACUCUUAUAACAGACUUCAACUGUUUGGAGGAGCUUCUUGUUGUUACAAUUGACCAUAUCACAAGCCACAAGAUGGCAUAUAGCUCUAUCAACUAUUCUUCCCCUGUGGGCAACACAUUUCCAGUCAGGACCUUGUACCGAGAUGAUUCUACAAGUAAUUCACUCAUUGUUGACCAAAAAAACUCAGAUUGGCCUCCCUUGCAGGUCAAAGCAGGUUGUAUGCCUCCUCAUGAGUGUAUCUGUUGUGGAUUGCUUGCAGAUUGGGGGUUUGCGGCUGCAAUACCAAAGAUAAAGGAGGAAUUUUCUCAGUUGAAUCUAUCUCAGUUUGAUAAAGAAGAUGCCGUAUUUGAUGAGGGGUCAUCUGAAGCUUCCUCUGAAGAGGAGGAUCCUGCCCACCAUGAUUGCAAGGCCAAGAUGUUGGAUGCCAUGCUGAAAAGGGUCGCACAGCAACACAGUGUAAUCCAGCAGGCCCAAGGUUCCUUUGCCAACACUUCAAUACAUGGCCAUAAUGUUCCAGGGUGGGAAAUGGAGGUCACUGGAGGUACUGCUCAUGAGACCUUUGAGCUCUUGGCAGGCCAGGGGUGGGCUGUGGAUAACGGAAACCAUGUCCUUGAACGCACAGGUACAGAGCCCUUCAUGGCUGUAGAAAUACAGAAUACACAACCUGGAGAGCCCAUUCAGCACGCAGCACAUCAUGAUCUUGAGUCCUUCUACUACAUUAUUUUAGCUAUGUGCGUUCUACUGGAGCAGCCCUACCAAUUCAAGGACAAGGUGUUUAUGGAGCGGGAGGUAAUCAGGAAAUGGCUCAAUCCUGAAUUUGACACCAAGUUUACCCAUGCAGAUGCAGCGCAUCACAAAUUCACAACAUUUGGCAAGGCUGAUAACCUCCAUAGUUUCCUUGACGGACAUACAUCAGGAAAAACCCUUUUGCUAUAUAGCGCUAUAUAG